CUGCAUAAGCAGCAAUAGUAGCUGUUGGCCUCUGGGGAAGACUGGGUGGCGGGGCGGGGGAGGAAACUUAGAAGGGGAGGAAAAGGGUUUGGUUUGCCAAUGCCAUGCCAAGUGUCUGCUGGGAGUUAAGGAAGUGGCGCUCCUCCUCUUCUCCCCAACCAACAACUCUCUCUCGCCCAACCGCAAUGCAAAUCCGUCCAAAACCCAUUCUCUCUCUUUCUUUCUUUCUACUUUCCCCUUUUCUUCUACUUGCUUCCCUCACUCCAUACGCCUCUUCUUUCGUGCCCUCAUCCUCCUCCCGGUUCAGGUGUCAACUCUAUGAUCUCUGUUAAGAGAGUCACCAUAAAUUCUGCAAAUAAUACAAAAUUCUGGAUUAAUACUAGUGGGCUCUAUGCUGAACUGGUUGGCACCCAAAGGCUUGCAUUUCUGAUAAGGUUUUUUGAGCACAAUUCCAUCUUCUGUGAAUGCAAAAAUGGAUGAUAAAGAUCAGGUCCAGAAACGCAAAUGGGAAAACCUUCCUCAUGAAGCAAAUGCUCCGAAUCAUGAGGAAAGUGAUUAUGAUGGAAAUCUACUAGUCUCUUCUGGAAAAAUGGGAGAUGGAGUAGAGGAAACCCAGGCUGACAAAACAGAGCAAAUUAAAGUCUAUAGAAGAUCCAGGUUCAAGAGAGAUUUGACCAAAGGGAGAAAUAUUUACUCCUCAGCAUCGUAUGAUGUCCAUGGUCUUACAGAAAACAAUAUUGAACUUCAAGAUGAACCUGGUAUACACAAGAAGUUACAAAAUGAAAAUAUAUCUGGAUCUUCUGAACAGGUGAAGAGGGAACUAAAGGAAGAUGAUUUUGGUUCAGCACAGGUAGAGGAAACCCAGGCUGACAAAACAGAGCAAAUUAAAGUUUAUAGAAGAUCCAGGUUCAAGAGAGAUUUGACCAAAGGCAGAAAUAUUUACUCAUCAGCAUCAUAUGAUGUCCAUGGUCUUACAGAAAACAAUAUUGAACUUCAAGAUGAACCUGGUAUACACAAGAAGUUAAUAGGUGAAAAUAUAUCUGGAUCCUCUGAACAGGUGAAGAGGGAACUAAAGGAAGAUGAUUUUGGUUCAGCACAGCAAGAAGAGAUUGCCAGAAAAGAAUCAGCAGGAACCAUAGUCCCUCAAGAUGAUGUCUGCCCUAUAUUUCCUCCACAAUAUGAACAGGUGCAAGAUAUUUCUGAAAGACCUGAACUUCCCAUGACUAUGGAGGCCUGGUCUGAGGAAGAGCUUGAUGCUCUCUGGAUUGGAGUACGCAGGUAUGGCCCAGGAAACUGGUUGGCGAUGCUCAAGGACCCUAUGUCAAAAAUUUUGGAGUUAAGAACUUCAGAUGCUCUAUCAGAGAGGUGGAAGAUAGAGAGAGAGAGAAUUAUCUACCUUGAGAAUUUUCAGCAGGUGAUGGUUUCAGCGGGUGCCAAUCUUCAGGAAGCAAGGCCAGGUGGUACAGUAAAGAUCCACACACCACAAACAUCACUGGUGCAAUCUCCAGACGGUACGGAAGUCAAUGAGUUUCAUUCAGAAUGCAUUUCAAGCGAUCCUGCUUUCAGUGUAUUUCCUUCCGAUAGCGAGAAUCCCAUAGAUGCAACAUCCAGAGCUAAGGAAAACCAGUUACAUGGGCUUUGUGAUGCUGGAACAGACAAAGUAGGUACAACUGAUGACUUCAGCGAUACUGAAUCAGAACUCUCUCUGAAGGAUUGGCAUGUGGAAAAAGAAGUAUCUUCCGAGGGAACCAUUUCCGAUUGACCAUUAGGCAUAAAGAGCUCCUAGUUGCUGCUUCUAAUUUGUGUAAAGGGGGCCAGCCUGCUCUUUUGUAUUAAGUGAAUUAUGGAUGAAAUUUUGGCCGGAAAGUGAACUUUAAGUACCUGGUAGAAUGCUUUAAAAGUUUCUAUAGAUGGGCAGCAAAAGGUUUCUAAUA